AUGAUCACGUCACUUGUCCGUCGUGGGCCCUGCGUCCUACUCCCUUUUAACAAGAAGAGCUUACUGCUCACCAUCAUACUGCUGCCGUCGGUGUUGAUGUGGCUGUACCACCUCGUCCCAGCCAUCCGCAGCGGACUCUUCCAGCCCAUCACCAGCGCCUUGUCCCCCCCGUCGGAUCCCACCAUAGCCGCGGAGCAUCGAGUCCCACCGAUCGACCUGGCAGCCUACCCCUACAGCCAGCAGAGCAACCUCAGCGUCAACUUGGUGAUCGCGACCAUCGCAUCGGAAGACAUAUCGUGGACCUCACGGCUGCAGAUCCCGAACCUGAACAUCGUCCGCUACGUCUCGGACGAGCCCACGGCGCAGUACCACCCGCCGGUGCCCAAGGGCCGCGAGGCGCUCAUGUACCACACGUACCUGCACGACUUCUACGACGCGCUGCCGGACGUGUCCAUCUUCGUGCACGCCGACGAGCAGCCGUGGCACACGGACGCGGAGCUGUGGGACUCGAUGCUCUUCACCCUGUCCAACCUGGACCUGGCGGCCGUGGCGGAGCGCGGCUACGCCAACCUGCGCGUCAACUGGUACCAGGCGUGCCCGGACUGGAUCAACACGACCAAGUCGGUCGAGGAGUCGGUGAAGCAGGAGGAGCCGUGGAUGGCGGCGGCGUUCCGGGCCAACUUCGGCGACGAGGCUGAGGUGCCCGAGAUCCUGGCGGGGCCCUGCUGCAGCCAGUUCGCGGUGACGCGCGAGGCGAUCCGGUCGCGGCCCCGGGAGGCGUACGCGCAGACGCAGCGCUGGCUCGUCGAGACGGACUGGAGCGACUACAUCGUGGGCCGCAUCUGGGAGCGGCUGUGGAGCUACCUGUUCCUCGAGGGCCGGCCGACCGACUGCCCCGUCGAGUGGAAGGCCUUCUGCCGCAUGUACGGGGUCUGCUUCCCGGGGCCCGGGGCCGCCGGGCUCGACGACUUUCGGGCGCUGUGGGCGGAGCGCAAGGGCCUGGUCGGCCGCAGGGGCUUCUGGCGCGAGCUGUGGGAUCCGCAGCGCGCCGGCCACGAGAGGGCGCGCAUCGGGGUGCUGGACCGCGAGCUCGACGCCAGGCUCAGGGAUGCCAUGGAGAGGGGCCGGUCGGAGAAGGCGGCGGGCGGCGCAUUGCAAGGAGGGAAGCAGCAGCAGCAGACGCUGGGUGAUUUGUUUGUCGACGAUACCCCGUGA